GUUUAUUGUGUGGCCAAAAGAACGACAUUACUAUUAAAAGCGCGGCAUUGCUGGAAAUUUCCUUGUUUGGCCCGCAUCAUUCACAAGAGCCUAAUGGACCUGUUGAGCACUUGUACCGUGGAAGCUAAAACGGACAAUGGAGGUGGUAAUACCCUGACCUACUUCCUGCAUAGUGUUCACAGAAGGAAGGUUUCUGCUCUUGUUCUCACUCAAACAUCCAACAACAAAUACUACUGUCAUGCAAACAUAGAUUGUCAGCACUUCUUGGUUGCUUCAGGCUUUGACAGACUACUGCCCACGCGGUUCAGAAGCAAGGGUGAACGUGAACACAAGAUUAACCAUUUCAUGAGGCACAAUCUUAUCCUGCCUCCACCAGGAGCAUGUCCGAUGACUACCACAAUCCAUUAUCCUGACGUGUUGCAAUUCUCUUUGGUAUGGUGCCUACUCGACAUUCAGGACUUCGACGAAGCGCGAAUACCUCCUUGCAUGCACCGACAAUUAUUCAAGCACACCAAAUCGGAGGCUGUACUGCCGUAUGGAACUGGCUCUUGGACACUGCCUGUGGAAGCCUACAUUUUCAAAGAGGAGUUUGCUAAUUUCCUCGUGGAAAAUGAAAUUCCGUUUGGCACCUACGUUCUGCUCCGACACAUUGGAAAUUUCACGUUUGACCUCCUAAUGUUUGACACGGAAGGCUUCUCCCGGAACCUAGGUGCAUCGUCCAAUGCUAUCUUCGACCCUACGCUUCAUGGGGGUCACUUCUUUGUAUAUGUGCAAUCUGCGUUUACAAACUGC